AUGGUGGACAAUUUCAAGUUGGAAACACUGAGAAAGCCAAAGACCAGCUACUCGCAGUUUAUUUUAGAUGACAUAAAUUGCUUAGAGCAAAUAAGCAUACUUUUGAAUCUUCAGGAGAUGACGGCUUUUUAUCUAAAAAAUGGUAUUAUGGACAGUGCGCGUUCCGAGCCAAACACAAUGCUUUCAUCCAAAUACACUCUUGAUUGGACCUUUGAGGUAUACAAAAUGAAAAAAGCAAUAAUUUACAAAGCACAGUAUACAAUCAAUCCAAAAGUUAGACCGUGUCUCACAAAGCAGGCUAACCAAGUAUUGCUACUUGCAAUGAUCCAUUCAAGGCCUGAAAUUGUGCAGUACUUCCUUCAGUUAAAACUUAUAAAUGUUAACCAGAGCAUAUUUGGCUCAGAAAACUGGCCAUCGUAUUUUCUGCUGGCAUGCACAUGCUCAAACCAGAUUCUGGAUUUGUUUCUAGAACACAAAGUCAGGUACAGCAUCGGAUGGAAUGGGCUAACGCCAUUUUUAAUUUCAGCUUACAAGUCCAGAUCGUUGCCUAAAAACAGCCACUUAGAUUUUAUCACAUAUCGACAAUAUGAGCUACUUCAAAGAUACAGAGACAUCAGCCUGAAAGACUCGUUUGAUCAACUUCCCUUGUUUCCCUUGGACUUUGCGUGUAUGAACAAGGAUAGAGGGAUGAUCAAAGACAUACUGGAGGCUAUGCCUGAAGCUGGGCCCUUGAGCAGAUUAAGUUUUAUUGUGCAAAACGAAGAAAACUUGUUUUUAAUUCUGAGUCGCUAUGACUUCAGAGAAAUGCAGUCGUUUAACGGAGAGACACCGCUCCACUACAGCUGCUACAGCGGAGAUCUGUGUGCCCUGUCGCUACUGCUAAAUCUUGGAUUUCCAAUUCUCCAGAAUUACGAAUACAAAUGGCCACAUGAGGUUGGGAGCGAAAAGACAAGAGAAAAGUCUACAGUGUUCUUUAAUCUCUGCACCAGCGAUGCACCUAAAAACUCAAAAAUCGUCAGGAAGCUUUUUAAUCAGAGAAAUUUUGAGGAAAAAAUGAUGCAGUGGAUGGAGGUCCUGAGGUUCAAUCCAAAGGAUUACGAGAAGUACCGUGGUAUAUUUCGGUACAUCAAAUUCAACAAGAGCCAUAAGAUUCUAACAAACUCCAGGUUUAAUAUUGUCAAUCUUUUUACUAUGGCCAAGACGCCGGUGGAGGUCGAGCAGUACAUCAGAAAAAUGGUGCAGUAUCCAUUCUACGAAAAGACAUAUUCUGACGAGCAGGCACUAGAGCUUUACAGCCAGCUUUACAACUAA